UGAGGAUUGCUGAUUGGAAGAUGUGUGUUAAACUGCUGUCCCUGCGCACUGGAGGCUCUCCCCUCACAACUCCUCUGUGUUUUCGAGCUGAGCGCUCACACCUGAAGUGACGGAGAGGGAGAGAAGCUCAGAGAGGCUCCGAGCUGUGAUGACGGCGCUGCCCAUCCUGCCUCUACUGUAAAGCGACUGCAGGGCAAAUUUGGAGAACAAGUCAUACAGCAAAUAUCCAAAGGGAGGGGGGGCGGGCGCAUGUGACAGGCUUUGGACGUUUCCAUUUCUACCAGUCGGGCAGGGAAUUGAAUCUCUCCAUCCAUCGGGAGCUGCGUUGUUAAAAAUCACCGGCGACUGGCAUUUUCCAAACAUUGCACGCCUGCGUCCGUCGCCUGCGGAUCGUCACAGCACCAUGCGAGCAGGAGAGACGCGCCCUGUGCCAUGCUGAACGACUCCCCGACCCUCCUGCUGGCUCUCACAGCGGUGGCCGGACUUCUCCAGCGAUGCCAAGGCUGGAGCGACGAAGACCUCCUCCUGCCGCCCAUCAACUCCUCCAACAGGUUCAUGGCCAACCUGGAGGUGGACGUGCGCUUCGCCAAGAGGUCCGUGGAGGAGAGCGACGCCUCGCCCGACGCCUCCUCCCUGCAGACGCUGUCCCAGUGCAACGUGAGCGUCCAGAGACUUCAGCCCACCUCGCUGGUGGCCCGCUGGGACAGCAGCUUUGGCUUCCAGUGUGAUGUGCUCAUCUACACCACCAACAACCACGGAAGGGCUUUUUUCUCCGCGUCUUUCAACAGGGCGAUCUCGCCUGUCGUCAUCGAGCACCUCGGGGUCACCGGGGGUCAGCAGGAGUUGCGGCUGUGCGUGGGCUGCGGGAUGUCCCGGUACCGGAGAUUUGGUCAGGGCAGGUCGAGGGGCCAGCAGAGCGGAGAUCAGAUCACUUUCUGCUGCGUGGAUUUCAGCCUCGACGAGCUGAAGGGGGACAAAAGUUGGAGGCUGAACAGAAAGCCCAUUGAGUCGACACUUGUGGCUUGUUUCAUGACUUUGGUCAUCAUUGUGUGGAGUGUUGCUGCUCUCAUAUGGCCAGUCCCGAUCAUUGCAGGAUUUCUGCCCAAUGGGAUGGAACAGAGGAGACCGAGAUAAUUAAAAUAAUCUUUAUUAUAAUUAGCCUGUGCUGCCUAUACUAUAACUGUAGCCAUUCAACUGUUCACCUGCACUGUAAAACCUGACAAGUUCAUCUUACUUAAAAUAAUUUUGUAAACCCUCGCCUCGAAAAAGGAAAGUAAAUAUAACCAUUAGUCUUAAUUUACGUUUGCUGUAUAUCUAACUGUUGAGUUUACUCGAAAAUUUUGCUGUAUUUAGGCUACUUAAUUUUGUGAAGUUAUUGCAACUUAAAAAAGGCCAAAUGUGGUUAGCCAAGUGUCAGCAACUACAGUAAAUCAAGUUAGUCUGACUCAAACAAAAAAUAAAAUGAGAUGACUGGUUACUCUGUAAGCUAUGAUCAAAUGUAGGUCACCAACUUGUAUGGGGUGCUGAUGGAAAACAAGAACCAACAGGAUUAAACGGGAGGGAAAUCCAGGCACUCCAAAAGUGUGAAA